AUGGUGAAAUGGCACCAGCUGUUUACUCGCGCGACGGAGAGGGACUCACCGCAUCUGCGGGAUGAAAUGCGAAGGCUGCUCCCGAGCUCUACGCACGACAUCCCUCCGUCAGCAUUCCCAGCCAAAGAAGUGACCAAGGUCGCGUUGCGUUUGAAAUAUCAGAUCGAGCAAGUGAUUCCCAUUGAGAUUUCCGAGGAGAAGAUCACAGCGGCCAACAGCGCGAUCAUCACGCCGAAAGUGGUGGCGACGGCCAAAGAAGCGGGCGGCAAGGACUAUGCAUCCUGUGUGGUGUACUGUUUGCUGGUAUGCAAGCGAUGGUUCACUCGACAGGCUAACCUCGAGCUGUGGGACGCCGGCCUACACCAAGUGCGGGCGGUGGCGUGCGAGAUCCUAGCCAAACGCAUCAUUGAGGGCGAGGAGGACCAGGAAUAUCUGUUGCAAGAAGUGCUGCUCAAGCGGUACUCGGUGAUGCGCAAGAACGAAGUGACACAACCGGCCAAUGUGAUCGAGAGAGCCGUUGACCUGCAUUGCUUGACCGUGAUCGGAUCCUCCGGAUACCAAAAGUGCAUCAAGUACCUGUGGCGCGGAUGGAUCCACCAAGACGACCAGGACCCGGGCAGCUACGUCUUUUACGCACAGCGCGACAGCACGAGUUACUGGGCUCAUCUGGACCCGGACCGUAUGCGGGCGCCGAUCUACCAGAAUAUCGUGCAGAUUUCCAUCUCAAUAAUCUACCUCGGCCUGUACACGGCGGCGGUGAACACCAUCAACGAAGAUGGCGACCUCGACGUCGUCGAAGGCAUCCUGUACGUCAUGACGCUGGGCUUCAUCUGUGACGAGGUUGCAAAGUUCUGGAAAGUCGGCCUCUGGUACUUUGGGUUCUGGAACGCGUUCAACAACUGUCUGUAUGCACUGCUGACGGCAUCCUUCGUUAUCCGAACCAUGGCUCUGACCCAUUCGCCGCACGAGAACGACCAGCGGCGCGGCGAGCUCAAUAAGCUGGGUUACCACAUCUUCUGCAUCUCGGCGCCCAUGUUCUGGAUGAGACUGCUGCUGUAUCUCGAUACGUUCCGCUUCUUUGGCGCCAUGCUGGUCGUGCUCAAGGUCAUGAUGCGCGAAUCUAUCAUUUUCUUCGCCCUGCUGGUUGUGGUGUGCGUCGGGUUCUUGCAGGCGUUCAUUGGUCUCAACCAGGUCGAGGGAAACAGCUCCAUUACAUCGUUUGUCAUUACUGCCAUGGCCAAUUCGGUCAUGCAGUCGCCCGAUUUUGAUGGAUUCGAUAACUACGCCCACCCGUUUGGCUUGAUCUUGUACUACAUCUUCACCUUUGUCGUCAUGGUCAUCUUGCUCAACAUCCUUAUUGCCCUGUACAACAGUGCAUACGAGGACAUCACCGACAACGCCAUCGAUGAGUACAUGGCCAUGUUUGCCCAGAAGACACUGCAAUUCACCCGCGCCCCGGACGAAAACGUCUUCAUUGCCCCCCUCAAUUUGAUCGAGCUGUUUUUCCUCAUCAUCCCCUUCGAGUGGUGGAUGGAUCCCCACCAUUACGAGCGUCUUAACGACUAUGUCAUGGGCGUCAUUUAUUCCCCCUUGCUGGUCAUCACUGCCGCCCUCGAGGCCAGAGAAGCACAUUCCGUCCGCAAGAAUCGCAAAAGAGGCGAAGAGGAUGACGACACCGUCGAGGAGUGGGAAGAGAUGCAAGAUGAGGUUGACUUCAACGCCGAAGGCUGGAACGACAAAGUCUGCGCCACGAAACCUAUUGUCGAGGUCGAUGCCGACGUCCAGGAGAUCCGUGAGCUCAAGGGCCAAGUCAAUGAGCUUCGCGAUUUGAUCAGGGCUUUAAGUCCCGAAGCUAAUUGA